AUGUCUGACCAAGGUGAUCAAGGAAUCGACCCCAUUAACACAACUCAACCUGAUAUAACUGUAUCUGAUACUUUUGAAAUUUCAAAGAGGCCGCGUCGAACAAGGAAGGCAACAAAGUUUUACACUCCUACUCAGUCUAUUACUAGAAGGCGAAAAAAAAGGGUAAAGCCAAAGAAAACCACAAGAAACGAAGAGCCUACAACAACUGGUGAUAAGAGAAAAUCUUCUAACGUAUCCGUCAAGCAACCAAAAAAAAUGAAGGUUUCAGAGUUCACGGAUUCUAUGCGCGAUCUGAACCUUAAAGUUGACGGUAAUGAAAUUGAACAUCGACAGAUGAAAUUAUCAACGGUCAUGAAAGCCGAUUUAAUUACGGUACGUCCGGUGCAUGGUAAGAAGCACGUUCAACAAGGACGUUGUUUCUCAGUAAGAUACAAAAGUUUUGAAAGAUGUACUGCAUGUUUAGCCAAACAAACUGAUUUAUGCAGAUUCAACGGUAUACGAGUGUUCGAGCUGGAAGAAGAUAAUAUGUUAAUAUACGGCCCCGACUUUAUUUCGAUGACAGACCCCGACCCGUCCUCAACCUAUGAGACUGAAGUAAACGAUGACGAAGUUAAGAACGUGGCAAAAUACCGCAAAGUACCACAUCGCAAAAUCUGUCAAUUAUGCGACGGUUGUCAAACAACAAUAUUUAGCGGAUAUUGGAUGUGCUGUGUUUGUGGAAGGGAAUAUUGCCUUUCCUGUCAUGAGGAAUGGAGCGAUGUCAAUGAAUUUUCUAAUGAAAUCGGAAAAUGUUCUCAUAAGAGGCCGCAUUAUAAAGAACAGCUGGUACCAAUGUAUCAUUAUCCAAAAGAAGAAAUUCUUCGUCUCAUUGAUCAAUGUAAUCAGAUGAUUCUCGACGAUGAGGAUAGUAUAGAUUUAGAUGACGGUGAAUUGUCCGACGAUGUAUCUGUCGUUGAAAGCUCAAGAGCCGCUUCUCAACGCCGCCAGAAGACUUCGCGAAGAUUCCGAACAGUCCAUGCACAGGUUUCUGCCGCAGAUAACAAUAUUUCCGCCCAAGAAAAUGAUGAGCAAAAAAAGACUGGAUAUGAUAAUAAUAUUUCCACGCGAAUACAUAAUGAGCAUAAAAAGACUGAAUAUGAAGCUAAUGAAAUGACCGAAGAAAUUUUUAGAGACCUCUGGAGGAAAGGAUACCCUUUCGUGAUCAAAGGCGUAGAUAGAUUAAACGAGGAUAUUUGGAAACCAGAAUACUUUAUUGAGCAUUACGGGGAAACUGUUUGUAGAGUAAUUGAUGUCAAAGAGAAUGUCGAAUAUAAAAUGAAUGUCAACACAUUCUUUAAAGGUUUUGAGGAUUUUAACGAACGAUUUAUAAAUGAUCAUGGAAAACAUCCCUGCUUAAAAUUAAAGGACUGGCCACCAAAAGAUGACUUCGCAGUGACGUUUCCAGAACACUAUAAGGACUUCUCUAAUAGUUUGCCAUUUAAAGAAUAUACGACUCGUGGCGGUGUCUUGAAUUUAGCUCACAGAUUACCAUUAGAGAUCAAUCGUCCUGAUCUUGGUCCAAAGAUGUACAAUGCUUAUGGUUCCGAAGAAGAUAUAGGUGGUAAAGGUACUACUAACCUUCACCUUGAUAUAACAGAUGCAGUUAAUUUGAUGUCAUAUGCUCCUAUAGUUGAAAAACGCCUAGAAAAUGAGCGAGAUAAACCAGCAGCAGCAGUAUGGGAUUUGUACCAUUCAGCCGAACUUCCAAGAUUAAGAAGAUUCUUAAGAAAAAUUGCUAAUGAACGAGGAUUGUAUAUUUGCCAUCCUAUACAUGACCAAUUUUUUUAUUUGGACAAAGAAUUGAGAGAACGAUUGACCGCGGAAGAAGGAGUUACAGGAUGGAGAGUGUACCAAAACCCUGGCGAUGCCGUUUUUAUUCCCGCAGGAUGUGCACAUCAAGUUUGCAAUUACACAAGCUGUGUCAAAGCCGCGGUUGACUUUGUUUCUCCAGAAGGUGUUGCACGAAGUUGUAUUGUAAGCCAGCAAUUUAGAAAGUUACGUAGUGGGCAUAAGAGGAGGAUGGAUAUCCUUCAGCUUCCAAAUAUUCUUUAUCACGCCUGGAGCACUUCCUGGGACGAAAGCAACGACUAA